UCUUAAGCCAACUGGUCGUACUCUCUCUCUCUCUCAAACACUAGUCUCUUGUCUUGUCCAAACACUUGGAUUCUUUUAAGUGUACAAAUGAGUUACUUGGGGGUUGGAAUCAGUCCCGGAAACGUCGCCGUCUACCACGGAGGAAAGAUGAAGGUGGUUGAUAGGAGACUGAGGCUAACGGAGCUUCUCUUACGCUGCUCUGUCACUGCUCUGGCUUUCCUCGGUCUUAUUCUGAUUGUUACAGACACUCAGGUCAAGAAAAUCUUCACUAUCGAGAAGAGGGCUAAGUACACCAACAUGAAGUCGCUUGUGUUCUUGGUGGUCGCCAAUGGUAUAGCUGCGGUGUAUUCAUUGUUGCAGUCAGUUCGUUGCGUGAUGGGUUCAAUGAAAGGAAGCGUUUUGUUUAGCAAGUCUCUAGCUUGGGCCAUUUUCUCUGGCGAUCAGGCGAUGGCUUACAUGAGUGUGGCGGCUAUAGCAGCAGCAUCAGAGUCUGGUGUGAUUGGAAUAAGAGGCGAAGAAGAGCUGCAAUGGAUGAAGGUGUGCAAUAUGUUUGGCAAGUUUUGUAACCGAGGAGCUGGAGGAGUAGCCAGCGCCAUGCUUGCUUCCCUUGCAAUGGUUUUAGUCUCUUGCAUUUCCGCUUUUAGUCUCUUUCGUUUGUACGGUGCCACCACCCAAAGACCACCAAACCUAGCCGUGGUGAAGUAAAAGAACACAUCCUCUUUUUUUUAAUUAGUGCUGAAAUGUUGUCGUUCAGAAACAAAAAAAAAAGUGUGAAAGUGAAGGCCAAAUCUUCUUGCUUAUGUUAAAAUGAUGAUGUUCUUGGUGACAUAGUAUAUGUAAAACUGGAUCUAGUGUUCUUUGUAUCAGUUA